CAUGCUUGAAGUUGAGGUGUCUGAUACUGAUAUGUCCAAGCAAUGAUUUCGUCUUUCAACUAACUCUUCAAUCAUCGCCUCUCUGUUCUUAGCUAGCUUUGUUUGUAGGUAUCGGUUUAGUUAGUCUCAUUCGAAUCCAUCAAUUGAAUCUAUUAUUCGAGGAAUUCGAGAGAAUUCUCCGUCGUUUUCACUCUCCUUUUGCUCAACUCAGUACACUGGACAUCAAAUCUGCAUCGCGAAAAGUUAGCCAGCAUUUCACAAUUAGUAUAGAUGACUGGUGAUGAUGAAGAUGGUGAUACAUCGUUAUCUUCUUCUUGGAAUCGAGAGCAGGACAAGGCAUUCGAGAAUGCACUUGCAACCUAUCCCGAAGAAGAUGGGAAUAAUGAAGAAGAAAGAUGGGAGAAGAUUGCUGCAGAUGUUCCUGGAAAAAGUUUGGAAGAGGUUAAACAUCAUUACGAGAUAUUAAUGGAUGAUGUUAUACGCAUAGAGUCAGGUGUGGUUCCAUUACCUAUCUAUGAAUGUUCUAAGGAUGGUUCAGUAGUAGAUCCUCGACCUAGCAAGGUAGAUCAGGAUCGUCGAAAGGGUAUUGCUUGGACAGAGGAUGAACAUAGAUUGUUUCUAUUGGGACUGGACAAAUACGGGAAAGGUGAUUGGAGGAGUAUAUCUCGUAACUUUGUGAUAUCAAGAACACCAACUCAAGUGGCUAGUCAUGCUCAGAAAUAUUUCAUUCGACUGAACUCUAUGAACAAAGAGAGGAGGCGGUCCAGCAUUCACGACAUCACAAGUGUAGAUAACAAUGGGGAAGUGAUUUCUGGGCCAGCAGCAGCUUCUAGUACUCAACAGAGCGACGUAGCAACCAUAGAGCAACCGGUUGUUGGCAUGCCCGUGAACCAUAUGGCUUACGGUGUAGGAGCCCCGGUUAGUGCAGUUCGAUCUCGUAAUAAUAAUAAUAAUCCACAUUCUCGUAGGUAGGACAUAUAUUCUUAGUAUUAAUGUGUACUUUCCUUGUAUGAACGUUUUGAUACUAGCCAGCUUGAUCAUAGUAUAAUA